UUAAAACGUGGUGGAUAUACUUGAAAAUACGAUAUAUUAUUGUUAAUAUACGGCGUAUCAUGUAAAAUCUUUUUAUUUAGAAUUUUUAUUUUAUAAUAGAAAAUAUUUCCGCCACCACGAGAGUGAGAGAGAAAGAGACGAACGAUGUAUAAUUGUUUUUGCUAUAAAUAAGCUAACAGAGGCACUCUCCAUCUUCGCUCUCUCGCCAUCUCUUCUUCACCAUCUUCCUCUCCGGUUCUACCUCCGUAAGGUACGCUUCCCGAUUUUCCAUGGCCUCCUCAUGACUAUUCCUGUCUUUCCCUUCCCCUCUCUUAUUUAGCCUUCCUCGCUUUUCAUUUCCCUUUUCCUCUCUCGGACCACCCCAUUUCAAUUUCGAAUUUCGUUUCUUCGCCCUUUGUGUGUUUUAUUUUACUUAGAUCUAAUCCGUUUAUAUAUAAACUAAAAAAAAGGAAUCAAAAUGGCAUCCCACAUUGUUGGAUAUCCUCGUAUGGGCCCAAAGAGAGAGCUCAAGUUCGCAUUGGAGUCUUUCUGGGAUGGCAAGAGCACCGCCGAGGAUUUGCAGAAGGUGUCGGCUGAUCUCAGGUCUGACAUCUGGAAGCAGAUGUCUUCUGCUGGGAUCAAGUUCAUCCCAAGCAACACUUUUGCUUACUAUGACCAGGUGCUCGACACCACCGCCAUGCUCGGUGCGGUUCCUCCCAGAUACGGAUGGACCAGUGGCGAGAUCGGUUUCGAUGUUUACUUCUCCAUGGCCAGAGGAAACGCCUCUGUUCCAGCCAUGGAAAUGACCAAGUGGUUUGACACCAACUACCACUACAUCGUCCCAGAGUUGGGCCCUGAAGUGAAAUUCUCUUACGCAUCUCACAAGGCUGUGAAUGAGUACAAGGAGGCCAAGGCUCUUGGUGUUGAGACCGUCCCUGUACUUGUUGGCCCUGUCUCUUACUUGCUUCUUUCCAAGCUUGCAAAGGGUGUUGACAAGUCUUUUGAUCUUCUCUCCCUUCUCCCCAAAAUUCUCCCAAUCUACAAGGAAGUCAUUGCGGAGCUUAAGGGAGCUGGUGCCACCUGGAUUCAGUUUGAUGAGCCUCUUUUUGUCAUGGAUCUCGAGGGUCACAAACUCCAGGCUUUUAGCGGUGCCUAUGCUGAGCUUGAGUCAACUCUCUCUGGUCUGAAUGUGCUUGUCGAGACUUACUUCGCCGAUGUCCCUGCUGAAGCAUACAAGACCCUUACUUCCUUGAAGGGUGUGACUGCCUUUGGUUUUGAUUUGAUUCGUGGCACCAAGACCAUUGACUUGAUCAAGGCUGGUUUCCCCAAGGGCAAGUACCUAUUUGCUGGUGUUGUCGACGGAAGGAACAUCUGGGCCAAUGACCUCGCUGCCUCUCUCAUCGCCUUGCAGUCACUUGAGGGUGUUGUUGGUAAAGACAAGCUUGUGGUCUCAACCUCUUGCUCUCUUCUCCACACCGCCGUUGACCUUGUUAACGAGACCAAGCUCGAUGCUGAAAUCAAGUCGUGGUUAGCUUUUGCUGCUCAGAAGGUUGUUGAAGUUGACGCAUUGGCCAAGGCUUUGGUCGGUCAGACGAACGAGGCUUUCUUCUCUGCCAACGCUGCGGCUUUGUCUUCGAGGAGGUCUUCCCCAAGAGUCACCAACGAGUCUGUUCAGAAGGCUGCUGCUGCUUUGAAGGGAUCAGACCACCGUCGUGCAACUGAAGUUAGCGCAAGGCUAGAUGCUCAGCAGAAGAAGCUCAACCUUCCAAUCCUCCCUACCACUACCAUUGGAUCCUUCCCACAGACCGUCGAACUCAGGAGGGUUCGCCGUGAAUACAAGGCCAAGAAAAUCUCUGAAGAGGAUUACGUCAAGGCCAUUAAGGAAGAGAUCAAGAAAGUUGUUGACAUCCAAGAGGAUCUUGACAUCGAUGUUCUUGUCCACGGAGAGCCUGAGAGAAACGACAUGGUUGAGUACUUCGGAGAGCAGUUGUCAGGUUUCGCAUUCACAGCAAAUGGAUGGGUGCAAUCCUAUGGAUCUCGUUGUGUGAAGCCACCGAUCAUCUACGGUGACGUGAGCCGUCCCAAGCCAAUGACAGUCUUCUGGUCCUCAACAGCUCAGAGCAUGACCAAGCGUCCCAUGAAGGGUAUGCUUACAGGCCCAGUCACAAUUCUCAACUGGUCCUUUGUCAGAAACGACCAGCCCAGGCACGAAACCUGUUACCAGAUCGCCUUGGCUAUCAAAGACGAAGUGGAAGACCUCGAGAAAGGCGGUAUUGGAGUCAUUCAGAUUGAUGAAGCCGCGCUUAGGGAAGGAUUGCCUCUUAGGAAAGCCGAACACUCUUUCUACUUGGACUGGGCUGUUCACUCCUUCAGAAUCACCAACUGUGGCGUCGAAGACAGCACUCAGAUCCACACUCACAUGUGCUACUCAAACUUCAACGACAUCAUCCACUCCAUCAUCGACAUGGACGCUGAUGUCAUCACCAUUGAGAACUCCCGUUCAGACGAGAAGCUUCUCUCGGUGUUCCGUGAAGGAGUGAAGUACGGUGCAGGGAUCGGACCUGGUGUCUACGACAUCCACUCCCCGAGAAUACCAUCCACAGAUGAAAUUGCAGACAGGAUCAACAAAAUGCUUGCGGUUCUCGAGCAAAACAUCUUGUGGGUUAACCCUGACUGUGGUCUGAAGACAAGGAAGUACACUGAAGUUAAGCCAGCACUUAAGAACAUGGUUGAUGCGGCCAAGCUUAUCCGCUCCCAGCUCUCUAGUGCCAAGUGAAGAGCUUGAAGAUAUAUUACUCAAUAUUCUAUUCCCGGGAUGGUUUGUGCUUGUUUGGUUUUUAAUUUUUCAAUAACUUUUCUUCCAAGAAAAUAUAUUCUUAGCCAAAAUUAGGUUUUUUGAUGAAAUUGCGUCUCUCUUUCGUUGAAGAGGGUUAUGGUUUCAUCUCUAUAUUUCUCUUUUGCUGCAAUGUUAUAUGUAUCUUUGUUUUCUCUGAUGAAAUAUAUGCUUCUUUGGUAAUGUGAAUGGCGAAUUGGCGAUUUAUAUCUUAUGCAAGCCCAUGAAAUGGACAAAUUAUAUCAAAACCCUUACUGACUUAGAAUUAUAAUUCACUGAAAAUUAAUGUUUAUUCUAUAAGAUCAU